UCACCCCCCCCCUGGUUACGGGCCUGGCCAUCAUCAUUUACUAUUAAUUCAGAAGACAAACAAAUUCAACAAUUUGUUAGAAAGGAUUAUAAAAUUAAUAAUAGAGAACAGUUUGGCUCUCUCAGUAAAAAUAUUCGAAUGCCACAAACAGAAAAAGUCAAAACAGGAUUUCAAUCAAAUAUUUGGGACAAAGGAAUUGAAGUUAUUCGGUUUGUCAAAGAACGUGAAAAAACUUUUCGCGAAAAAUUGGAAGACGAUUUUUGUGAAGGAAGGGCUGUACAAGUAGAGGAACCUUUAUAUGUUACUUUUAAACAUGCACUUAAAAAGGAUUUGAAAUUGAAAAGGAUGAGGGCUGAAAGGAAGAAGGAUGCAAAAGAACAACAGGCCUCCAGUCAAUGAUCACCACAACCAGUUCAAAAGCACAAUUAAACACA